AUGCGCAAAUUUAGACCUCCACUUGUCAUUGAGGAAAAGAUGACUGAUGAGGAAGCACAAUGCAUUGACGAAUUGAAAGAGUGGAAGCACUCAGCCUGUGCCCAGGGAAAUAGGUUUUCCACAGAGCUGCCGCAUUAUACUCUUUGGGGUAGUCCACUGUCUACUCGUCCUGAAAAAAUUCUGUAUCUAAUCGGAGUCUUUGCAGUCGCGUAUUUGAGGACGAUGCUCUGCCGCAUGCUUGAUUCCAAGAAGCCGGAAACAUCGUUCCAGAUGAUUUUGUGCUUAAUCUUUAAAUGCAUAAAGAUCUUCCUUGAUGUCAACAUAGUGCUGUUUGCCGUCAGCGGUCUUUGGAAUGUCAUUGCUUUGACUGCGUUUUUACUUGGGAUUUUCUUCGGAAAUAUCUCUGCGUAUAUCAUCAAAGUUAUUUCAGCGAAAUUAGCCAGCUGCCGAUCAAAAAUAAAAAAAAAAUGCGCAAAAGCUGAGAAAAAACGAGGAGUGCUGAAUCCGACUUUCCAGCACUUUUCAGUUAUCGACAGGAAUGACAUCAGCCGGGUGCGAAACAACUCAACGGAUGAUGUCUAUCUCCAACCACGUUCGGCACCGGUGCAAAAAUUGAGCGAAUCGGACAGCACUGGCGGUUACAUUACUGUUGAAAAUCCAAAUAUUCAAAGAGCUGUUCAUGCGGAAGUGUACGAUGAGUCAGACUACUACAGUGUUGCAGUCAACAAGGACCCUGUUUAUGAGAGUCCCUACGAACAAAGCAAACACUGA